CCAGGACUUCUGCCUCUGAGUCCAGCAGCACAGAAGUGCAAAAGGCAUCAGGACCAGCUCUAGCAGGGUAUUGGCCGAGGGCAGACCCCGUGCUGAGAAAAAGGACACACAUUACACUCCAUUACCUCGCAAAUACAACUUUUCCAGGAAGUUAACAAUGAUUCAUUCUGAUACUUCAAUAAAAUCACCAUUGGUCAUCUGGUCCAGGCAAGAUGUCAAAAGGUCCAGCAGUGGGUAUUGAUUUGGGCACCACCUACUCCUGUGUGGGAAUCUUCCAGCAUGGUAAGGUGGAGAUCAUCGCCAAUGACCAGGGGAACAGAACAACCCCCAGCUAUGUCGCCUUUACAGACACCGAAAGACUGAUCGGAGAUGCAGCCAAGAACCAAGUAGCCAUGAACCCCAACAACACAGUGUUUGAUGCCAAGCGCUUGAUUGGUCGACGCUUUGAUGACCCUGUGGUUCAGUCUGACAUGAAGCACUGGCCCUUUAAGGUAAUCAAUGAUGGUAGUAAGCCCAAGAUGGAAGUGGAGUACAAAGGAGAGAUAAAGUCCUUCUACCCUGAAGAGGUCUCCUCUAUGGUCCUCACUAAGAUGAAGGAGAUCUCUGAGGCUUACCUGGGCAAGCCAGUGUCAAAUGCAGUCAUUACAGUGCCUGCUUACUUUAAUGACUCUCAACGCCAAGCCACCAAGGACGCUGGAACAAUUGCUGGCCUUAACGUCCUCCGCAUUAUCAACGAGCCAACGGCCGCUGCCAUCGCGUAUGGAUUGGACAAAAAGGUUGGUGCUGAGCGCAAUGUCCUAAUCUUUGAUUUGGGUGGCGGCACCUUUGACGUGUCCAUUCUGACGAUUGAGGAUGGCAUUUUUGAAGUCAAGGCUACUGCUGGUGACACCCAUCUGGGUGGUGAAGACUUCGACAACCGAAUGGUCAACCACUUCAUUGCAGAGUUCAAGCGCAAGUUCAAGAAAGACAUCACUGGGAAUAAACGUGCAGUCCGUCGCCUGCGGACAGCAUGUGAGCGCGCCAAGCGCACCCUUUCCUCCAGUACGCAGGCUAGCAUUGAGAUCGACUCUCUGUAUGAAGGUUCCGACUUCUACACUUCCAUCACCAGAGCACGUUUUGAGGAGCUCAAUGCCGACCUUUUCCGUGGUACACUGGAGCCGGUGGAAAAGUCUCUGCGGGAUGCCAAGAUGGACAAGGCACAGAUCCAUGACAUUGUGCUGGUUGGUGGCUCCACUCGCAUUCCCAAAAUCCAAAAGUUGCUUCAGGACUUAUUUAACGGCCGGGAUCUUAACAAAAGCAUCAACCCUGAUGAAGCAGUAGCUUAUGGAGCAGCUGUCCAGGCAGCCAUCUUAGCAGGUGAUAAAUCGGAGAACGUCCAAGACCUUUUGCUGCUGGAUGUCACUCCUCUCUCUCUGGGCAUUGAGACAGCUGGUGGUGUCAUGACUGUGUUAAUUAAGAGGAACACCACCAUUCCCACCAAGCAAACCCAGACUUUCACCACCUACUCGGACAACCAGCCUGGUGUACUGAUCCAGGUAUAUGAGGGAGAGAGAGCAAUGACGAAGGAUAACAACCUUCUUGGCAAAUUUGAGUUGACUGGCAUCCCUCCUGCUCCUCGUGGUGUGCCACAAAUUGAAGUUACAUUCGACAUUGAUGCCAAUGGCAUUCUCAAUGUGUCCGCAGUGGACAAAAGCACUGGCAAAGAGAACAAGAUCACUAUCACCAAUGACAAAGGUCGUUUGAGCAAGGAAGAAAUUGAACGUAUGGUACAGGAAGCUGACCAAUACAGAGCAGAGGACGAAGCCCAGAAGGAGAAGGUCACUGCCAAGAACACUUUGGAGUCGCUGGCCUUUAACAUGAAGAGCACUGUGGAGGAUGACAAGCUGAAGGACAAGAUCAGUGCAGAGGACAAAAAAACUAUUAUUGACAAAUGCAAUGAGGUCAUAGCCUGGUUGGACAGAAACCAGACUGCAGAAAAGGAUGAGUAUGAGCACCAACAGAAGGAGCUGGAAAAAGUGUGCAACCCCAUCAUCACCAAGCUCUAUCAGGGCACUGGUGACAUGCCAGGUGGAAUGCCGGGUGGAAUGCCUGGGGGAUUUCCUGGAGGGGCAGGAAGUGGUUCCUCCUCUGGUCCUACCAUUGAGGAAGUGGACUAAACUCGACACCAGAACAUUUAGGCUCACACAUAGACAGAAAUCAACGCAAAAUAUGAUUUACGUCAACUUGCUGCAUCUCAAACAGGCUUCAUAUCAACUCACAUUGGUCAGAUGUGCCAGAUGAGACCAACUUAUAGCUUGUGACCAAAGCAAUAUGGCACUCAUUAAACAGCAUUAGCAUAUAAACUUAGCAUCAAGUUUCCACAUUUGUAAUUCUAACAGUAUGCUAUUAUUUAAAUGGUUACAAGGUUAGUCAUGCUAUAAUUACAACAAAAUACCUAGCUGAGGUGAGGCCUUGUAACUUGUUCAGUUAGCUCUUAUACUUAUUAUUCAUUAUUAUUCCACAGGGAGGGUUUUUUACACCUCUGCUUUACAGUUCAUUCAUUCAUUCAGUGUUUCUUGUAUGACUCAAUUAAAAAUAAAGCGUUUUAUUGCCUCAA